AUCGGAAAGUAUCCAAAUGAAAACUCGUCACGUGACAAAGCGACAAUUGCGUCAAAAUUGUGAAUUUCAGACUGCUGAGAGUUAUUUUCAUCUAUUGUUGGAAGCAUUGUUCGGCACACAAAUAAAAAAUGGCAGAUGAAGAAGAGAUAAUCAUGACCCCCACAAAGAAGGGGAAGACGACUCAUAUCCGUAUUGAGCGUAAGAAGAAACUGGACAUGAACGGGGCGGAGGUGGAGAAGAGGCACUAUGUGGCUGGGGGAGAACACAAGGGGCUGGUUGUGAACAAAUCAUCACAAGGUGAUGAUGAGGAGAAUCUUGGAAAGCCACAAGUGCAGUUAGCCUUUAAUUGUUUCAUGGUUGAUGUCAAAACAAAGAAAAAUGCAGUGGAGAGUAGAAAGCUGAAGUUCUGGUUCGUAGACGAGGCAGGAUAUUUGGAUCAAAUGGCAACAGCUUUCGAAUUCUUCAAGGUGCUGUUAAAGCCAGAAAAUUUUCCAAAAGACUAUGUUGGCUUCAUCAAGAAAUGCAUGAAACAGAUGCAGAAUUCCCGUUAUAACUUGAUCCGUAAACUCAAUAUGGAGAUACAGGUCCUCGGGGAUGAUGAGGUGCCUAUGACGCCAGGAGGCACUAAGAAAUCAACUGAAAUGUUUGCCUUUGGGAAGGUGAAGGAUCCACGGCCCAUACACGAAAUUGUGCGCGAGAAACUCCUUUCCAUUUUAGAAUCAGCGUACCCCAAUAUUCUGACAGUAGAAGAUCUCUUAAGGAUAUUGAAGUCUGAUGAGGCCACGGCAGAGGCAGAUGACUCGUUGGUCCAUGCUCAGCUGCAGGAGUUACAGGACCGAGAGCUCGUCAAGCGUCUUGAGAACGGCAGCUUUGUACGACACGUGCGGGACGAAAAGGGCGGACACACAGAGGUGCAGGUGGUGAAGCAGAUGAACCAGGUGGUUACGAAAAACAAUCAGCCCACCAUUGCCAUCAUCACUGCCAACUACUGUGAGAAGGUCGCCGUCGACGCCAUGAUGGAGAACAAAACCACCUACGUCAAAUACAAGACUGGAGGAGAAUCAAAUGCAUACACGAUAGGGUUCAUUGGUAGCCACCGAUGCGUGUCCACAAAGUUACCUAUGAUUGGCCAUGACAGGUCAGCCAUGAUUGCUGCAGGCAACACCACUACUAGAUUGUUAGGUGUUUUCCAAGCGGUAGAACACGUGUUCGUGGUGGGUGUGGGCGGAGGUGUUCCACAUUUCACGGACUACCACAAGCACCCCAGGCUGGGCGAUGUGCUCAUCUCACAGUGUGACAGCCAGGGAAAUAUCUACUACUACUGCAACGGACUCUAUCAGGAGAAAGAUCAAAGCCUCCACUACAAGACAAAGUCCUUCAAACCCAAGGACAAGAGUCUGCAGGAGGUGGUGAGAAGGAUCCAGGAGACGAGAGAGAGGCGUGCAUUCUCGCCCUGGGAGAAGUACAUCACACAGGGACUGGAGGCGCUCAGUGUACAGGAGGCCGAUUACAACAGGCCUGCUGCUGCCACUGAUAGAUUGACACUGACGAUUGGAGAGGGUAAUGUGAUUGAGAUGCAGCAUCCCCAACACCCAGAGGGCCUUGAUGAGCGCCAGGGAUGGCCCAAGAUCCUGUACGGGGCCAUAGGAGCAGGAGCUAAGUUUGCCCAUGAUGAUGACCUGCGAAUGGACUACGCAGCAAGAAACAAUUUACAAUGCUUCGACUGCCAGUUUGACCAGGUCCUGGAGGGUAUUGUGGGGAGUGUAAAGGAGAGCUUCAUGUUCAUCCGUGGAAUCUCGGACUACAGCGACGGCAUGCAGAAGAAGGAGUGGCAGCCCUACUCCGCCCUGGCAGCAGCCGCCGUCAUGAAGACCAUCAUCAAGUCGUUUGACGGGCCUUACAUUUCAGAGGACGAACUCUAGGCACUGACAGGGAGCUAGAUUUGUUAUGUCAGCAGCAGAAUUUUUUUAUUGAAACCUUAUUUCAUGUUUUUUUUACUAUCAACACAUGUAUUCGUUGUGUGAUACAAUUGUUAUUUAGAUGGAGGAUUUCUUUUUUUUCUUUCUGGCAAAACUGUUGCUUUUUUUCCUGUGAAAAAGGGAAAAGAAAAAGAUCUGCCUUUAUGAGAAAUUUUGCCUCUUUAGCAAAUGAACAAAGCAGUGAUUGUGGGUAAAUUUUAAGAUGUUAUGUGAAGCAAAUUAUUUUAAGAAAUCUAAUUGUAAGUGAAUUGUUAUGGCCAUUUUUACAUGGACAGGGGUAAAGUGCAUGUAUCUAAUUUACAAAUGAAGAACGGAUAGAACAGCCUUGUGUUCAGCUGUCAGGAUGUACAUAUAGCCUGUAUUGUUGCUAUGGAUACGGUACUAUGUCACACAUACCAUGACACUGCAGCUGUAAAAAAUCAUUCCUUUAAUAUUAUUUCUUGUUGAUUCUUGCUGGAGAUGUUCUUUGACUUGGUGCAUUGUGUUAUUUGAGAAUGGUCCUGUGUUAUGUUUGACUAUCAUGAAAUACACACUAAAUGUCGGCAAGAGUGGUAGCGAUAUUUCGUAAUGUUUUGACUGGCAGACAUGUUUAGGUAGUUACUCUUGCCUCAAUUUUGUAUGGUAAAUUUUGUUUAACACUGUACGCAUACAUGUAUGCUUUUCACUUGAUAGCACAGCAUUUUAUUAUACAGGCAAAUCAGAGGCUUGUUUUAGAAGCACGGAGAUAAAUAGUAGAAAAUAAAAUUGUUUUUUUCUUGACAUGGGUCAAUACUUGGUAGAUAAAUGUUACAUUUAAUGAAUAAUUUUUAAUUGAUUUCAGAAUUUUUGUUAUGCAUUUAAAAUUUGUUAACGUUUUCUUAAAUAUUUGAUAGAUUUUAAACUUGGCUUCCAAAUGAAUGUUGUUGUUUUUUCUGAACUUUGCCUAUAUAUGUUCUUUAUCAUGCAUUUUCAUAAUUUUUCUUGUGUGCAAAUUGUAUUCACUUGUUUUACUGCAUUAUCCAACAAUAAUACACUAGGCCAUGUGUUCACAAAACAUUUUGAUAUCAAUUUUCAAUUGCAUGUGACAUUGAUUUUUUCUCUUUUUUUUGUCACUAAUUUUUAUAAUUUGAUGUUCAUAUAAAAAAAUGUAUGGCAAAAGUGAAAAUCAAUGUCAAGGAAUUUACAUUUAUAUAAGUUGUUAUUAUAAAAAGCCAUAUUCAAUCAAUAUCAUUAAAAUAAAUUGUAAGUGCCAGUUAAAAUCUAUAUCUCUUAAAGUAUUUUUGUUGUUGCCAAUGGCAAUAAAAGGUUUUGUGAACAUAUGGCCAGUUUUGUUAAGCUUAGUGUUUUCCUUUAUAAGGCUUUAUAAAAAGUAUUAAAAAAUGCUUGUAAAUGUUGUAUAGUUAUUUCAAAAGAAUCAAUUAUUCAAUCAAAUAUUCAGAAAGUUUAGUCCCAUUUAAGCCUGUGGGGAUUGUACAUGCUAAUCUAAAACAAAAAAAACAACAAUACUUUAGACACAUGCAUUAAGUCUGUUUUCUGACACAUCAGCUCAAGUGAGUGGCAUCAUGCUAAAAUGGGUCUUAUGCCAUAUGCAGUCAGCAUAGCUCCGGCCGAGCCUGCAUUCGCGCAGUCUGGUUAGGAGCUACCCUAUUCAGUGUCGGUUAAUGACACCACAAACCGUACAUGACCUUUUGCGGACAGUUUUGCUCCUGAGCUGACUGUGUGAUUGGGUAUGCUUGUCUUGGGCUACGCUGUAUUUGGCAUAAGACCCAUUUUGAAGGAUGCGAGGCAUACAGGUUGCACUGUGGGAAAACAAACUUUAAUGCAUUUGCAGAGAUCAAUUUAUUUUAAUUAUAUUUAAAGGGACUGUCAACCUUGAAUGACGAAAAAAUAACAGUUCUAAAAUACCGUUUUUUUAUACAAUUAUUAGUUUAUAUUGAUUAAAAUUUCACGACUGGUAUAUUACAUUACUUGAAAAAAGUUCAUACUUCAGUAUAUUUGUAAAUACAAUUUCGCAAUGUGAAAUAGAAAGUACAUCGCGAAAAUAGGUGACAUAACGAUAUACACACUAUAAAUGACGCAAGUAGAUUGAUCAUUUUAUAUAUAAAAUAUAUACAGUUCACUAUGCAUGCACAAUUUGCAUUACUUGGUUUACCACGUGACGAUGAUGAUCAAUCUACUGGCGUCUUUUAUAGUUAACUGGUAGUUACCUGGUACACAUACCCAGUAAAAUUUAAUACCGAAUAUACUGAAAAUAUGAACAACUUUUUGCAAGUAAUGUAAUAUACCAGUUGUGAUAUUUUAAUCGAUAUAAACUAAUAAUUGUAAACAAAUACUGUAUUUUACAACUUUUCUUUUCUUCGUUGUCGUGGUUGACAGCCCCUUUAAAGUUCGAUUUCAUGUAACUGAGUUGUACAUACAGAAACAAAUAGUAUUCUUGACAACUGAGCAAAAUAAUCCCACCUAAUUUUGUGUUCUGAUUCUUGUACAAAAUAUCCAAUGAAAACUGUUUUCUUGAUACCUUUGUAUUUAUCUAUAUACCAUUUUGUUGAGUUUCAUAUAAAAGUAUUUAAGUCAUUUUCGCAUUGUAUCAUAUCAUUCAACUUUAUUUCUUCUUCGUUGCAAUACACUGAGCCGUGCUCUGUGAAAAGGGGUUUUAAUGCAUGUGCGUAAAGUGUCAUCCCAGAUUAGCCUGUGCAGUCUGCACAUGCUAAUCAGGGACAAAACUUUCCACAUAAACUUGAUUUUUGCUGAGAAGAGACUUUGUUUAACCCUUUCAGUGCGGGAACCAAAUUUUGAAGGCCUUUGCAAACAGUUUGGAUCCAGAUGAGACGCCACAGAACAAUUCUGAUAGUAUUCUUUGGAGAAAAAAAAACGAAGAAAAUCCUAAUUGUAGAAAUUCAGCAGACGACAUUUUAGCAGACAACAAAUUUCCCAGCAUGCAAAGGGUUUAACGAAAAAUAUCAUAAUAGUGGAAAGUGUCGUCCCAUAUUAGCCUGUCCAGUCCGUACAGGCUUAUCAGGGACAACACUGUACCCACAUGCAUACAACCCCAUUUUCACAAAGCGCGGCUCAUUUAUAAUUACUAGUUUUCGUAGCAGUCCUCUCAAAACGAUUUACAUGCUUGUAUGGAAUUUUUGAAUCUCCGGAUGAUUUUUAUCAACCUAGCUUUUGAAGUGUGCAUUAAAAUUGUAUCUGCUUUUACAACAACCUUGUUGUCUUUGGAAAUAGUUUGAGGAUGCCCGGAUAAUGUUUCAAUAAGCUCUUGGGUCUUGGAAAUGUAGAAACAAUGCAAUCCAUGCAAUAGUUAGUAUCUGACAAGGGUUUAUUGAAACCUCUCUUAGGAUAGUGAAAUUGGGGGGUGAUCAUAUAUACCUUCAGCCGUAUACCCUGCAGUUUCCAUGGAAACCAAAUGCGAGUGUUGGAUAAAUUUUUGUAUAUAUCUUUCUUUGCAAUUAGUAUUAGUCUGCGGGUAUACAUGUUUUAUGUCUACCCGCUGUUUCAUUGUCAGGUUGUGUUAUAUUUUUAUAUAUGUGUAUCUUUACUAAAAUUGGUUGUAUAAAAUCAUUUGCGACUAUAUUUUUUUUUCGAGAAAAUAUAUAUUGUUAUUUGAAUGUUAUUUAUCCAACAUUAGUAAUUAUGUAUGCUAUUAAGCAUACUAAAGUCUACAUAUGUAAACAUACUUCCAUUAACCUGUAUAAUCAAGGUGAGAUAUAUCCACUUCUGUGUAAAUGCCUUUAUAUAGAUAUAUUCGCAAGUAUUAAAACCUAUUGCCUCCAAA